CCAAAACAGGCGACUCGUGUUACUCCUUCUUUGACCCUUCUUUACCUAAAGAUCACAAUUUUGCAUAGGCUGCGAUUUGUACUUGGUUCUUCUUGCUAUAGCAGAAGCAGAUUUUGUUGCGAUAGCACCUUCCUUUGAACGGGUGGCGCGGGACCUAUUAUUGUACGGCCGUCAAUCCUUUGCAUCGAUCGCAUUCAACACCACACGCUCUUCACAAUGACAACAGAAAUCGCGGCUGGUACCCCUCUCGCGGAGGCCUUGAGCAAUGCCAUCCAGCCCAAACUCGCAGAGAUGGGUUGGACCUCCGACGGCGGUGAUGAUUCAGCUUUGAUUGAAUACAUUAUCCUGAUGCUAGUCAAUGGCAAAAGUCAAGAACAGAUCGCAGACGAACUUUCCAAUGAUUUGCUCGGCCUUGGCAGUGAAGGAGAUACACAGGCUUUGGAGUUCUCAAGGUGGCUCUUCGAACAGGUCGAAGUCCUUAAUCGACAGAUCAACGGCGGUGGCGCACCGGUCGCAAACGAGACGGCACAGGCUAUCCCGUCGUUCAACGACCAAACAGCGACCUCGCAAGAGGGUAAUGGAGGAGGAGAUCAGGAUGCGACUAUGAACAUGGUUGAUGGCUCGCACACGGACGAUUCGAUACCUACAGGACCGAAGGCGAUGCGUGGCGGCCGCCAAGCUGGGAGGGGUCGGAUGUUGAACCAGAUCAACAGAGCUUUAGAUCGCAACAGUGACUCAACUUUACACCGUGUCCGCGGUCAACAUGGCCGGAUCAAUUCUCAUGGUCGGGACCACACCAAAGGACGGCCUCAUCAGAACGGUGGGGGUAGGCGGCAAAUGAAUAACGGACUGCCCAUGGGUGCCGCCCAAUCGAUGAUGAACAUGAGCCCGCAAGAUCAGAUGCACUUGAUGUCGCUGCUCGAGGAACAAGCUCGGAUGAUGGCGCAGCUCAUGCCGGGAUUUGUCUCACCUGCGAUCAACCCGGCCUUUCAACAAAACAACCAACAGCAACAAGGGCGCUCCUUGUUCGACCGUGUUGAGCGUCAAGGACGCCCGCAUGGUAACGUCUCUAAUCGUGCCCAGCACCAUGGCGUCUCGGCAAAAUCACCCACCGACGGCGACAUGGACACCAAGCCUGAUGGCGCACAGGAUGAGAGCAAUACCGACAGUGUCUGCCGCUUCAAUCUUCGCUGUACCAGAAAAGACUGCCCCUUUGCGCACCAGUCGCCGGCUGCCCCGGAAGGCACUCCUGUGGACGUGGCCGAUAUAUGCUCAUACGGCGCCGCGUGCAAAAACCGGAAAUGUACAGGGCGCCAUCCUUCUCCCGCCGUCAAGUCCGCACACCAGGCCGAGGAGCUCUGCAAGUUCUUCCCCCAUUGUACCAACCCUCACUGCUCCUUCAAACACCCGUCAAAACCUCUGUGCCGCAACGGUGCCGACUGCACUGCAGAAGGUUGCCAAUUCACCCAUCUUCAAACACCUUGCAAAUUCAACCCAUGCCUCAACCCAAACUGUCCUUACAAGCAUGCGGAAGGCCAGAAAGGUGCCUUCUCCGACAAAGUCUGGACUCCGGAUCAGAACAAGCCCCGUGUCAGCGAGAGAAAGUUUGUUUCAGAUGAGGAUGCUGCUGAAGAGCUGAUCAAGCCGGGUGCUGCCAGCGAGGAUGGCAAUCAGAACCAGGAAAUUAUAACGUGAUACCCCCGAACGCUACGAUAUCUCCUAAUUUUGAAUGGUCAUACACGGGGCCUCAGUUGAACUAGAACUUUGCUUCAAAACAGAUUGUCCGAGCUUGAUUCUCAUGUAUUAUUCUCAUUUGUGGACGAUGGCUGGCUGGAAGGGCGUUUGUUGAUUUUCUCACCGAUUCAUGGGAGCAGUGUAAUGACAGAACAUCAUGUUGGCUUGUAAAUAGAAUAUGGGUAUCCAUGAACGGCUUCGAAAUGCGUC